AUGGCGCCCGUGGGAGAUGCUGACCACUGUAGAGACAAGGCCCGCAGGGAGCUGCUGGCCUUACUCGAGGGCACUCGGGGCAAGAAGAAUCUCGUCCUCAGUCAGGAGCUGGCCGGUCCAGUUGGCCUGUUCGUCAAGUUCUCCGUGCUGCAGGAGUACGGUGUAGACCGAGUUUUUCUGCUGGAAAAUGCAAACAUCGACUCUUCCCAACGCAAUGUCGUCUUCCUGGUUCGAGGCGAAAAAGCUCGCCAGGUGCGCACCGUGGCAGAGCAAAUAAAACGUCUGCAGAACAAUGGAAACGUGGAACAUGAAUUCUCAAUCAUCUUUGCACCCCGACGCACCCUAGUGAGCAAUACCGUGCUGGAAGAAGCUGGUAUCAUUGGCGACGUCAAUAUCUUCGAAUUUCCUCUUCUCUUCCUGCCCCUAGAGCAAGAUAUCCUGUCUUUAGAACUCGAUGAUGCCUUUGAAGAUCUCUACUUGCACAAGGAUCCUGGUUGUAUCUUCCAUGCCGCGAAAGCGUUGAUGGGAAUUCAGCAGAGGCAUGGCUACUUCCCCCGGAUUGUUGGCAAAGGAGACCACGCACGGCGUCUUGCAGACCUUUUGCUUCGAAUGCGCAAAGAGCUUGAUGCUGAAGAGAGCUCCGGCCUAGCAGACCCCUCCACCCGGGGCUUGCUUCCCAGUGCGGACAUCGAGAACCUGAUCAUCAUCGACCGGGAGGUGGAUUUUGGUACUCCUCUUCUGACGCAGCUUACCUACGAAGGCCUGAUUGAUGAAUAUGUCGGCAUCAAGAACAACCAAGCCGAUGUCGAUACCAGCGUCGUGGGCCAAGCACCCAUGCCCCACGCACAGGAAUCUUCCAAGUCGCCCCAGCAGGCCAAGCCGGGCAUGAAGCGAAAAAUUCAGCUGGACGCCUCCGAUCAAUUGUUCAAUCAACUGCGGGAUGCCAACUUUGCGAUCGUGGGUGAUAUCCUGAACAAAGUGGCCCGUCGACUGGAAAACGAGUAUGAAACUCGGCACUCGGCAAAGACCACUAACGAAUUGCGUGACUUUGUCAACAAGCUGCCCAGCUAUCAGCUGGAGCACCAAAGUCUUCGGGUCCAUACGAACCUAGCCGAAGAAAUUAUGCGACUUACCCGGUCAGAGACCUUCCGCAAGAUCCUAGAAGUGCAGCAGAGUAAUGCGGCCGGUGCCGAUACUACCUAUCAGCAUGAAACCAUCGAGGAGCUCAUUGCUCGCGAUGUCCCUAUCAAGAGUGUCCUCCGGCUUCUAUGCUUGGAGUCGUGUAUGGCUGGUGGCCUUCGCCCCCGAGACCUAGAGAAUUUUAAGCGCCAGGUCGUACAAGCCUAUGGUCACCAGCACCUGCUAACGUUUUGGGCCUUGGAGAAGAUGGAACUCCUUCAGCCUCGAUCCUCAGCGACAACCAUGCUGCUCCCAACAUCUGGCACACAAGCGGGCACGAAGACCAACUAUGGAUAUCUGCGGAAGAACUUACGCCUCGUGAUAGAGGAAGUCAGCGAGAAAGAUCCUAACGACAUAUCAUACGUCUACAGCGGAUUCGCGCCUCUUAGUGUUCGCCUGGUCCAGUGUGUCAUACAGAAACCUUAUAUUCUCUCUUUGAUCAAGGGAAACUCACCAACCGCGACAUCCAAUAACGCUAGCGCGGCGUCUCCCGGUUGGCUCGGCUUUGAGGAUGUGGUGAAGAGUGCUCGUGGAUCAACCUUCAACAUUGUUCAGAAGGGAGACGAUAAGGCCGUCCGCGCCCGUCAGACCCUUAGUGGCAAUGCCGGGACCAAAACCGUCUAUGUGUUCUUUCUAGGAGGGAUCACAUUCACGGAGAUAGCCGCGUUGCGGUUCAUUGCGGCCCAGGAAGCACCGCGUCGCAAACUGAUUAUCUGUACUACUGGUAUCAUCAGCGGCGACCGCAUGAUGAACGCUGCCCUGGCGCACGGCAGCUUUGCUAGCCCUGAGUAA